CUUUCUAGAACUGGCUCUAGGACCUUUCUUUUUCCCUAGGAAAUCUCUUGCUCCUAUAAAAGUGAUUCAUUGAUUAAACCAAAGAACGCAUGUGCACUGAGGGUCUUUUAUGUUCGAGGCACUGUCCUGAGUGCUUUGAGAGACAGAUACAAUAGCAUAGUGCCGUAUCUUAAAAUCCAUAACAUACAUGCCUUCCCACCAUCCUAAAAUAUACACACAUUCAGUCACAGUUAAUUAAGCAUAAUUUUUUAAUUGCUUGGAAAUGGAAUGGUGCUUCUUGAGAUGACGGAGCCUCUCAGCAUGUCCCAGCACCGGGGGUUGGGAGCACUGCCACAUUGGUCUUGUUUUUGAUAGAUCCCAGAGGCACCAACGGGGCAAGAGGCUGUGCUGCCCUCUUCCUCCUUUAAACCUUCAGCUUCUUGUCUUCUGUCAUGAGGAGCCAUUGCCACCUGCAAGGCUGCCUGGGCAGGAGGUGACUAUGUGGGAACCAGGGCUGCACAACCACUCUAGCUUUCCAGAACUCUGACUCCAGGGCACCUGGCCUUUGGGAAAGGAGGUGUUUGGUGAAGGGACGACAGGCAGCCUCUGGUGCUCCAGGCCUCUCCUCUUUCUUGCAGGUACGCGUUCCCUAGACCAGCCCCAGAAUGGCACUGGCGCCCAGCCCUCUGGCCAUGGAAUAUGUUAAUGACUUUGACUUGAUGAAGUUUGAGGUAAAGCGGGAGCCUUCUGAGGGGCGAUCUGGCCCCCCUACAGCCUCACUGGGCUCCACACCUUACAGCUCAGUGCCUCCUUCACCCACCUUCAGUGAGCCGGGCAUAGUGGGGUCUGCCGAGGGCUCACGGGCAGGCGUGGAGGAGCUGUACUGGCUGGCCACGCUGCACCAGCAGCUAGGGGCUGGGGAGUCGCUGGGGCUGAGUCCUGCUGAGGCUGUGGAGCUGCUGCAAGGUCAGGGUUCAGUCCCCGUUGAGGGACCCCUCGGCUAUUACCCAGGGAACUCAGAGGAGACAGAAGCCCAGCAUGUCCAGCUGGCCGAGAGGUUUUCAGACGCGGCGCUGGUAUCGAUGUCUGUGAGGGAGCUCAACCGGCAGCUGAGGGGCUGCGGGCGAGACGAGGCCCUGCGGCUGAAGCAGAGGCGCCGCACACUGAAGAACCGCGGUUACGCGCAGGCCUGUCGCUCCAAGCGGCUGCAGCAGCGACGUGGGCUGGAGGCCGAGCGCGCCCGCCUGGCUGCCCAGUUGGAUGCGCUUCGGGCCGAGGUGGCUCGCCUGGCACGCGAGCGCGACCUCUACAAGGCUCGCUGUGACCGCCUGACCUCGAGCGGCCCGGGGUCCGGGGACCACACCCACCUCUUCCUCUGAGCCUCUGGGGCAGGGAUGUGGGGUGUGGAGGUGGUUGAGGAGUAGGGGGCGCUACUCAGGAGUCGGCUGCACUACUCACUCCAUCGUUACCGAGCGCCAUCGGGUCCCUUCCACUGCCCUGUAUGGCCACACAGAUAUCCCCAAACUUCCUGGACUCUCAAGAUGCUGGAAGAGGGGUCCCCUCCCCUCUUGCCAGCCUUGUACAGAAACCCAGCCCCGGAGCUCUGCAGGGGCCAGGGCUCUGCAGGCACGGAGGGUGGAGAUGUGGAGGACAGCUGCGUGGCACAGUGAAUGGGAGGGGAGGGAGUGGUGCAGCUCCUCCCUCAGUUUAGUUCUUAAUUAAAGGUUUUCAAUUUGUAGUGGA